CUCGAUCCUUUGUUUCGCAGGCCCGCACUCAAUCCACUGAGCUACUCCAGCCAGGGCGAUACAUCCACAUUUGAGAGGAACAUCUAUCAGUUUACUCUCGAAUGCCCACUACUGGGACAUGGGUCACAGUCCAUGCAUGUACCCUGACUGGGAAUCAAACCAGUGACCUUUCAGUUCAUAUGCUAGCAUUCAAUCCACUGAGACACAGCAACCAGGGCCAAAAAUAAUUGUUUUUGCAGAUGAAAUUCUCCCUGAAUUUUCUGAGAUAAGAUGUAUUUUUAACUUCUGUGAGUAUUAACUACCUGGACAUAGUAGUUUUGUACAAAAUUCACAUUUUUUGUAAAGGAAUGGCUGUGAUAUUGCCAUCCGUGAAGGUUUGGAAAGUGGGCAUGUGAACAUGAGAAACACAUUUUGGAUUCUUAUAUUUCUUCACCUGGCAAGGAAAUGAUCAUUUUAUCUGUAAAUGUUGUGAUGGUUUCUGCAUGGGGACUGGGGAUUAUUUCUGUAAAAGAGUUAUGGAUUGAGAAUUUCUUUUUAAAAAAGAUAUUACCUAUUUAUUUAUAGACAGAGGGGAAGAAAGGCAGAAAGAGAGGAAGAGAAACAUCAAUGUGUGGUUGCCUCUCAUCCACCCACCACCAGGGAUCUGGCCCGCAACCCAGGCGUGUGCCCUGACUAGGAAUUGAACUGUCAACCCUUUGGUUUGCAGGCAGGUGCUCAAUUCAUUGAGGCCCACCAGCCACAGUGGAUUCGUAAUUUCUAAAUAAAGGUAAUGGUGUUGAGGAAUGGGGUUAUACAAGAGUGUUACUAAAAUAGCUAUAUGGGAAAAUGAUCUAUGAAGCCCUAAGACAGGUAAGUCCCAAAGGGUAGUACAUAAAGGACACUUAGUUCUAAGAAUGACAACUAACUUGAGCUAUGGCUCUGCUGGAAAUGUGGCUGAAUAUCUUCUUUCUACAAAGUGUGGGUCUUUUUGACUCCUGAAAAUGAAGAAAAAUGGUGAGGUGAGAAAGAUAUAAUGAAGUGUGCGCCGAGAAAUUUAGAAGAGUUAAAGGGAAGCCAUGACAUCAUGUUUCGUUUCGUCGGUAAUCAUUUAUUAAUUAUGUCACCUAUUUCAGAUGCUUCACUUAGGUCUCAGGGAAGCUUUGGCUGAUGUAGUUUGAUUCCAUGGCCAGGUUGCAGGACAAAUUGAGUAAAAUACCUUGAUCCAGUAGGGCUAAUAGGCCUUCCGAAUCACUGUCAGGUUUUUGCCUUUUGUUAAAGAAGAGGUAAGACCUAACUCUGGACAGCAAUGUCCCAGGAAUACAGGAAGUAGACGCAGCUCCUCAGUGUGGAUAGAGUGCAUUGAUGGCCACUAUAAUGCACUAGAUGUCCACCAGAUUUCAAAUGACAGGGUUAUCUGUUGAAUGCGUGGAUGAUACUCUUAAAGCUCCACCGGGGCUUGCCACUCUUCUGAGAAUGAUCUCAAGGCUUUAUCGGCAUAUUCUAGGGCCACUCAUUACUUGAUAUCCUGUGGCUCUGACACUUCCAAGCUGAGCAACUUCUUUAACUGAGCAGAAUCCAUUUCUGUUUUUCAUACCAGCCCCUAAGAAUUUCAGAGUCAUUGUUUCUGUUAUGUUUGGUCCCUUUUGUGCCUCACUCUAAAUUGUCUCUGGACUUAUGGUCAAGAUGGCAGCAUAAGUAGAUACGGCUUAACUCUUCACACAGUGACAUCCAAAUUACAACCAAAAUAUAGGACAACCAUCACUCAGAACCAUCAGAUACUGAGCUAAAUGGAAGUCUGGGAACGAGGGAAUUAAGGAAACCACAUCCCUCCAAACUGGUAGUAGGGGAACGAUGAGAAAUGGGCUGGACCGCCACCCACAUGUAGUAGAUAAAAAUUCCAGAGACUUAUCUUAGGAGCUGGGAGUCCAGCCCCACAGCAGGACCCCAUCCAGGGUCCCAGGGCCAGAAGGAUAAGUCCCCAUAACUUUUGUUUGCAAAAACUAGUGGGGAUUCUCUUAGUGCAAGAAAAUUGAGCCUCAAGCAGUUCAAGACCCCAGACACAGCUUUCUGGCCAUAACGACCUCCUCACAACAGCAUUCCUCUCACAAAGGAUCACUUUCAUCCCUCUUUAGAAGAGGAGGAGAGGAAACAGAAGAAAUGUCCAGUGCGGAGCCCCAAUUCCUACUUCAAGGAUGAAAUGCCAAGGAUGCUAUGAAAUGACCACUGCCUUUAUCCAUGCACAAAUGGUAGUUUUGUGUGUUGGCUGCUCCACAAUCCUCUGUCAGCCUACAAGAGGAAAAGCAAGGCUCACAGAAGGAUGCUCCUUUAGAAGGAAGCAGCACUAAAAGUACCCUGAAUCAAGGUGAGUGGGGAACCAUUCCUCUAAACACAUUUUUGAUUAAAAAAACAAAAAGAUCCCACACACAGACUCACCUACUUAGACUCAUUCUCUCUGCUGCAGCACUGGCAUAGCAGCUUGAAAGGCACCAUUGAUAUACAGGGGGACCCUGAAGUGUCUGGCGUUAAGGUCAGUGAGGUAAUGGUCCCUUUUCUAAACCCUCCCCCCACACCCUAGAGCAGGCAAGGUGGUGCCAUAUCUGAGAUUCUUGGUCAACAUGUCUAACAAUUUUUGACCUGCCUUAGCAAGUCCUAGAGACUCCGCCCCACCCACCUUGUGGGCCUUCCUAUACUACUUUUCCACAUGAAUGUCUGGUCUUGUCUUGUGCUUCAUGACUCCCUGAAUCCUAUCAAACAAACAACACCUGGCCACAGUGAGCCCUAGGCCUGGCACUAGCAGAAGCCUACCUAGAUCCACAGCAUGGCUUUCCCUGGCAAUCUCCAAGCCCAGCACAAGUCGUAGCCAUCUUGGAUUGCUUUAUAUCUCUGGAAGGGUGGCUGAGGGCAAAAGACAGGUGGGAGCUGACCUUGGCCUGAACCACCUGGGGAGUCCCAGGGACAGAGCACCCAUUGGACAGCUACAGACCACAUCGGUGCACCACUACCCUGUGCCUGCAUAGCUGAUCAUCCACAUAUGGCAGAAGUUGGUAGUCAGUAGUCACAGCCAAUCCUUGCUUCUCACUGGCCUGGGUAAAUCCCUCCUAUUGAUCUGCCAACAGCAAUGAUGCCUGACCUACAAGAGGAGUGUAUGCUCAGCCCACAUGAAGGGUUCACUUCAAGUACCCAGCUUUGGUGAUCGGGGAAUUUGUGCCUCUGGACUCUACAGGACACCUACUACAUUAGGCUACACUACCAAAGUUAAAGCAGCUCUACCUAAUACAUAGAGACAAACACAGGGAGGCUGCCAAAACAAGGAGACAAAGAAACAUUGCCCAAAUAAAAGAACAGAUCAAACCUCCAGAAACAGCUAAAUGAAAUGGAGAUUAGUAAUCAAUCAAAUGCUGACUUCAAAACUAUUUGGAUGCUCUAAAAACUUAAUGAGGAUCUCAGCAGCAUUAAAAGGAUCUAGUCAGCAAUGAAGGAUAAAGUAAUUGAGAUGACAAAUUUACAGGGAAACAACGGUUGAGGUGAUAAAGCUGAGAACUAAAUCAAUAUGGAAGAGAAGGAACAAAACCAACCAAUCAGAAUAACAAGAGGAGCCCUGGCUGGUGUAGCUCAGUGGAUUGAGCACGGGCCUGCGAACCAGAUAAUCGCGGUUCGAUUCCCAGUCAGGGCACAUACCCGGGUUGCAGGCCGGUUCCCUGCAGGCCAGUUCCCAGCAGGGGAUGCAUGAAAGGCAACCAUACAUUGAUGUUUCUCUCCCUCUCUCCUUCCCUUCCCCUCUAAAGAUAAAACAACAACAAAAAAAAAAAGAACAAGAGGAAAAGAAUCCAAAGAAAAUGAAGGUACUAUAAGCAGUCUCUGGGAAAACUUAAGCAGAUCCACCAUUCACAUCACAGGGGUGUCAGAAGGAAAAGAGAAAAAACAAGAAGUUGGAAAUCUAUUUUUAAAAAUAGUGAAAGAACCCCCCCCCCCGCCAAUUUCAUGAAGUAAAUACACAUGCAAUUCCAGGAAGCACAGAGUCUCAAACAACAUGGAUGAAAAGAUGCCCAUUUCAAGAUACAUCAUAAUCAAGACUUCCACCAAGAUGGAGGCAUAGGUGGAGACGCCGUGCUUCCUCACACAACGAAGUUUAGAGACAACUAAAUAUUAGCAACAGAAAACACAGCCAGAACACAGAAAAUUGAACUUUUCGGAAGUCUGAUAACAACAAAUUCUUCAGCCUGACCGGUAAGAGGGGCGAAACCAGCAGCUGGAGGAGCGGGGUAGCACCGGAAAACUCGGUCAGACGGACUCAGGCGCGCAGAAUCCAGGCGCAGGGUUGGACCUGGUGGGCAACUCAGCAAGCGACCUUGGGGAAACAGCGAGGGAGCAGGGCUGUGGGUUGACUGUGGUGGCGCAUUCGUGUGUGGAUAGACAAGCGAGGGAGUGGGCGAUUGGAUGAGAGCCAGCAGCCCCAUUGGCUAGCGGCAGCAGAGGGCGCCGCCAUUUCCCGGCUCUGAGCACGCCCCCACAUAUGGCGUCACAACCCAGCGACCUGGGAGUCCAAGGCUCCUCGUACUUAAUGAGCGCGAACAGACCAAAAAUGGCUCAAGAAGAUCUCAAAGCCCCAGAGCCGAUAAAUCUAAGCGAUGAAGAAAUAGCAAAACUCUCAGACGCACAGUUUAAAACACUGGUUGAUUAUAGCCACAAAUUAGACAAACAUAUGAAGGUGAAACUAAUUGAAAUGAAUGGAAUUGCACAGGAAACCAAUAGAGAUAAAAGGAAACUGGGACUCAAAUCAAUGGAGUGGACCAGAAGAAAGCAAAUAAUGGCCAAACAGAAAAGAGCGAAGAAGCAAGAAUUCAAAAAAAAAAAAAAUGAGAGUCUUAGGAACCUCCAGGACAUCUUUAAACGCUCCAACAUUUGAAUUAUAGGGGUACCAGAAGGGGGAAGGAACAGCCACCAAUGGAAAACUUAUUUGAACAAAUAAUAAAGGAGAAUUUCCCCAAUCUGGCAAAGGAAAUAGACUUCCAGGAAGCUCAGAGAGUCCCAGAGAAGUUGGACCCAAGAAGAAACACACCAAGGCACAUCAUCAUUACAUUAGCAAGAUUAAAAUGAAGGAGAGAAUCCUAGAAGCAGCAAGAGAUAAGGGGACAGUCACCUACAAAGGAGUCCCCAUCAGAAUGUCAGCUGAUUUCUCAAAAGAGACCUUACAGACAAGAAGGGGCUGGAAAGAGGUAUUCCAAGUCAUGAAAUCCAAAGACCUACAACCAAGAUUGCUCUAUCCAGCAAAACUUUCAUUUAGAAUGGAAGGACAGAUAAAGUGCUUCUCAGAUAAGAUCAAAUUCAAGGAGUUCAUCAUCACCAAGCCCUUAUUAUAUGAAAUGUUAAAGGGACUUACCUAAGAAAAAGAAGUUAAAAAAACAUGAACAGUGAAAGGGCAGCAAACUCACAGUUAUUAACAACCACACCUAAAACAAAAGCAAACUAAAAGGACAGCUAGAUCAGGAGUGGAAACAUAGAAAUGAAGAUCUCAAGGAGGGUUAGCAACAAAGGAGUGGGAGGAGAAGGGGGGAGAAGGUACAGAAAAUAAGUAGCAUAGACAGUUGAUAGAAAAUAGAUGGGGGGGGCAAGAAUAG